AUGGCCGAGCAUCCGUCUUUUACAUUGGCAGGCUUGUUGGCGGUCGGAGGAACUGCUGGCUAUCUCCGAACACGCUCAACACCAAGCCUUGUCGCUGGAAUCGGAUUGGGUGCUUCGUACGCUCUUGCUGGCUACCGCAUCAAGCAGAACCAGGAUUACGGCACUGAACUUGCGCUUGGCAACAGCAUCAUGUUGAUGGGCUCUGCGAUACCGCGCAUCAUGAAGACCGGCGGACGCGCGCCUGUGCCGAUCGCUCUGGGUGCGACUGGUGCGCUGGCGACUUACUACUACCAGAAGAAGGUGCGCGAGUUCAGGUAUGGUGUCUGA